CAUAAUUUUUUACUUUUUCUAAUACAUGUAUAGCUUUUAUCAGUAUGUAAUAGGUGCUAUGGAAAACAAACCCAAAAUCUACGGAACAGAGGUGACGAUGAACGUGUGGCAUCCCGUAAUAGAAGGCUUUAAUGAAUUCAGUCUGGGGCAAAUCUGGCUAACAUCCGGUUCUUACGAUGAUCGUGACCUAAACAGUAUAGAGGCCGGUUGGCAGGUUUAUCCAGACUUUUAUAAUGACUCCCAGCCCAGACUCUUCAUUUUUUGGACCACGGACGCGUACAACUUGACCGGAGGUUACAAUCUUCGUACUGGCGGUUUCGUACAAACUAGUAAAGAAAUUAUGGUGGAAGGUGCAAUAUCUCAAACAUCUAUCUUAGGAGGAGAUCAAGUCGAUUUGACUAUCAGAAUAUGGAAGGAUACAAAAUCUAAGAGUUGGUGGCUAGGCAUCAUAAUUGGCCGCAAUGUACUCGAGCCGGUGGGAUACUGGCCAGCCUCUCUUUUUACUAUCCAAACCGAUUACGCGGCGAUAGUACAGUGGGGAGGCGAGAUCACUAACAAAAACGAAUAUGGGCGUCACACCAAAACGCAAAUGGGGUCGGGGUAUUUUCCUGAUAGUGGAAGGGGGAAAGUUGCAUAUAUGCGCAAUCUAAAAAUAGCGUUAACUGAAAGUGAGUUUCAACCGCUCCAAAAUCUUACCGUAGGAGCAACUCACCCCGAGUACUACCGAGGCGAGAAGUUGAACGACACAUGCUUUUACUAUGGGGGCCCACAGCAGCUUAACUCAAAAGCGGCUCAUCCUAUGUUGGACUACACUAUUCUGUAUUUCACUUUCGUCCUUUUUUUGCUCUUUUAG